AUGAUCUUUGGCCAGACCCAAGAUCAUGUCCUACUAAGGCGUGCCCCUUACUACCAAGAAACCAUUGGAGAUUUUGCAUGGGAGCAAUCACAAGAAGUUAACUAUCUAGAUGACUUCAUCUAUCCUCCUGACUUCCAGCAGCAAUCACCACGAUUUCACCAUCAAGGAAGUCAAUUCCGACCUAUGCAGCAGUACAAUCAAAACGGCAUGUACCCAAUGAAGCAGCCUUACAACUUUCCUCCAAGCGCACCUCAUCCGGUUCAGCAAAAUAGUGUGAUUCAAGCAAUGCUUCAGCAGAUUGUGGAUGAUCAAAAAGAGUUCACUAAUGAAUUGGAUGAGAGGAUGGAAAGCUUGUUCAACAGUUUCAUUGACAAGAACGAGUCUCUUGCUUGUCAAAUCAAGAAGAUUUACACCCAUGUUGAUCAAACCUAUGAAGAUUUGAAAAGACAAGAGAUGGAGGAAACAAAAGCUUUUUGUGAAUCCAUCUCUAGAAGGGAAGCUGAGUUCGUGCCAACCCAUAAACCACCCCAGACUGCUGUUAACUUGGCUACAAGACCAGAGCAAGAGCAUUACUCCUUGGACUCAACAAGAGGUUACAAGCCGAAGCCACUAGAGAAGAUCUCUAACCCGGAGAAGCUUGAUGUACCUUGCAUCAUUAAUGGAGUUUUGUUUAAAGAUUCCAUAUGUGAUACAAGAUCUCACAUCAACAUCAUGAACAAAGGAAUAGCCAAGAAGAUUGGGAUUGAAGUCAGGGAUCCCUCCAAGAUACCAAUGCGGUUUAAAGAUGACCCUUAUACUCUCUUCCAUGGUUUCAUCUCGAAUCUUACACUAUCCAUUGGAGAUCACGUCUUUAAGGCUUAUUUCCAUAUAUUAGAGAUGAAACACGACCCUAACAAGCCAUUGAGUUUUGGUUCAUCAUUCCUUGAAGCCAAUGGAGCAAUCUUGGAUCUUCAGAAGCAAAGAAUCUCUCUCUCCAAAAUCAGUAAAGCCAUGUCCUAUCCGGCGGUUCCUAUCAAGAGCUCUCAUUCUGCAGAUGUGUGCGCUAGAGAGGAACCACUAUCAGAGCCUUAUAAUGACCAGGAGCAGUUGAUAGACGUCAUAUCAGCAGCCCCUCUCAUCAUAUCUAAGGAAAUUGCCAUACCGGCAAAGGCAAACUGCAUUAAGGUCUCAAGUGUCUUAAGCAAGAUUUUGACACCAAGGGAGUACAAGGAGGACGUGAUUGAUGCUACACCACAGCCUAUAGGAACUUCAAGAUGCUUCUCUAAGUUCAGCUUUGAUUUCCAGAAUAAGGAAAACAAAGAACCCUUCAAGGAUGGGCUGCACAAGAAGAGGAAACUCUUUACUGGUGGUAUUGUUUCUUGCAACUACAUUCAAGACCUUCAAGAUUUCCAUAGGAGGAGUUCAAAACGUCAGGUCCAGAACGUAGAGAAGCUAAAGGAGCCUCAACUCUUCUAUUUGAUCAAUUGGAUUAAAUUACUUUACACGAAGGAUAUCAAGAAGAAAUGCUAUAGCCGACCACAACCAUCAUACCUAUGGAGGUUUAAGGAAGGUUUCAAAGGAGGAACAUACCCAAUCUCCAAGGAACAAGGCGCGCACCACAUGGGAAUGAUAAAGAAGGAGAUAUACAGAAGAGCCCCAUCCGGUCGUCCGCGGUGCAACCAAAUGGCCGACAAAACCAAAUCACGGCAUAGGCGCGAACUCCGGAUGGAAAUGACUUCCUGGAGCUUCACUAUCACAUUUCCAAAGGAAGAUCACAAAACGAACGAGCCAAACUCAAGGAUGGCCAAGAAACCUCUUCCCGGAGCCAUAUUGACCACUUUGUGA